AUGGGGCUGUUUUACCUUACCGAGGUUUGGGUGUUUUGGUAUCUGCGGGGAUUGAGAGUAGUUGCGGUUGAUGUGAAGUAUAACAGAGUUCAAGUAGAGGAGCUGUGUCUGGAGACGAUGGUGGAUUUCAAAGGAGGAGAGUACUAUGAUAAUGAGGAAGCGGCAGUCUUUCUGCGCUAUGAAAAGUUAUUCGGGCACUGCAAGCUAUGUGCUAGUCUUUGUCACAAGGAGGAGCUAUGUCCUUUAGAUGACAAUAAUUUAAAGUCGAGCCCAGAGAGAAGAAGGGAGCUUAGAGAAGGCAAUGGAGCGUGGACAGAUGGUACGAAACAUGAGGAUCGAGCUCGUAGUUAUAAGGGUGUGGUCAUCAACGGGCAACCGGGUCAACAGAACAAAGAAAGAGACAACCGGGAAAACUAUGGGAAAGGAAAGGGAAAGGCGGUUGAUGUGGUGGACUCUAAGUGGGUCAAGGUAGCUGAGAAGGGAUCUAGGAAGCCUUCUACCUACUAUGGAAGUUAUAGAGGAGAUGGUGAGGGCUCUCGAUACAGAAACACGCGGAGGGAUGAGGGGAGAAGUGGAGGCACACGUGGGGGAAGGACUCCAGUUUCCGCAGUUAGGGAAGAAGGGGAGAUCAAGGGUACUGGUGAUGAUGCAGCGACUGACGAGUUUCAACUUGAACUAGCUAAGACGCAGGCGGAAGGAUCAGAGGCGAUAAUUGACACUACUGAGAAGGAGAUGGGUUUAAUCAAGCUCAAGGGAGUGAUGGGGCAACAGGAGGACAUAGCAGCUGACAUUGAUAUGGAAAUAGAGGCUAUUCAUGCUUCCAUAUUGGAGAAUGGUGAGGAUGUGGAGGUAGAGGAUGAGUUUCAGACUCUCUCGGAGGAGGAAGCUGAGCAACUGGCUGAGGUUGAUGGGCAAGAGGAACUGGUGAGUGGUGAUGGCAACAACGCAACGGUAGCAGAUGACAUGGCGACGAGACAGAGUAAUCGCAGGAGGCUGCUCAAACCCAGCACAGCGGGUAGCAACAAGAUGAGGAUGGCAAGCUCGCUUCUCUCUCCACGCAAACGUGCUGUAGCUAAGGUGGGAAUUCGUCAGGGUGAUGGUGGUAAACCGUUAGAAAGAAAGGGGCCUUCAAACCCGAAGUCAACGAACCUCAACUUUUAA